AUGCCGACACCCGCCAGCGCGCAGCCAGCCCGCCUCCCCGCGCCCUCACCCUCCGCCUCGGCGGUGCACCGAGAGAGCUCGCGGUCCGGCGCAGCCUCUUUUGGCACCGAGGACUCCAGGUGCCCAGCACGAAGGCGGAGCCCGGCUACAGCCGCCUCUCCGGCGCCAAGGGCCAGGCCCCCGGGACUUCGGGGCCCCAGCGCUGGGUCUCUGGUGUCCCCGACCUCCCCAGACUCUCCGCGCUCCUCCCUCUCCGCCAGCUGGGCGCGAAGCCUGCGACCCGCGAGCAGAGCGCGGCGCCCACGACCGGUGGCGCCGGCAGGGCAGUGCCGGGCAGCCCCCAGUGCAGCCAGCGCCCUCCCUCGAGCCCGCCGGCCCGUGGACGCGACCAUGGCUGCUGAGGGCCUCGGCCCAGGUGCCUGGCUCUGGAUGUCCGCGCUGCUCCUGCUGGCUGUGCCGCGCUCCUCGGUGCGGGCCGACGGAAAGCUCUUUGUGCUGGAGUCUCUGAAUGGCUCGCAGGGCCUGCAGCUGGAGGCAGCUCGGCUCUCCUGCAAGAACCAAGGCGCUCACCUGGUGUCUGCAGACGAACUGCAGAGGGUCGUGCAGGACUGUGCCUUUGCAGUGUGUACCACAGGCUGGCUGGCGGAUGGCACUCUUGGGACAACUGUGUGUAGCAAGGGGAGUGGUGAACAGCAGAUCCUGAGAGCUGUUGAUGUGAAAAUUGAGAGCAACCCAGUUCCUGGGGGCACAUACAAUGCGCUUUGUAUAAAGAAUGAAGAGAAGCCAUGUGGAGACCCACCUUCGUUCCCACACACUAUCCUGCAGGGACGCACGGGUUUGGAGAUGGGUGAUGAGCUGCUGUACGUCUGUGCCCCUGGCCAUGUCACAGGCCACCGUGAAACUGCCUUCACCUUGCUGUGUAACAGCUGUGGGGAGUGGUAUGGCCUGGUGCAGGCCUGUGGGAAAGAUGAGGCCGAGGCACAUAUAGACUAUGAAGAUAACUUUCCUGAUGACAGAUCUGUGUCAUUCAAGGAGCUCAUGGAGGGUUCCCGGACGGAGGUGGAGGAGGACAGGGGACAGGGAGAGGCCUCUGAGGAGGUCCCCAGACAGGACCGUCUGGCCUCCAUUUCUGUGGAGGGUGAAAACACCUCCCAGGGUCCAGCCCUUGUGCCCGCAACAGGCUUUCCCAGUGUUGGAAGCAGUGUCCCCACCAAUGCCCCAGGACCCCAGUUGAACCAGAAGUACUUAUUCUGGUUUCCCGCUGAGACUUUCCACAAGCCUGAGCUUGAAAAGGAGAUAGAUGAUGACACCAAAAAGCAGUUUCCUGCUGGAGACAACCACAGUGGCCUAACACUGGCCCCAGGUGAACCUGAGACCAAGAUGAUAUAUAGCAAUACCGAUGACCCAUUAGGGCCAUCCGUGGGCAGGAAUGACAGUAAGACAGGGGACUCAAUGGUGAGCAGCAGCGACGAGUCCUGGCUAGAUGGCUACCCCGUGACCGAUGGAAUUUGGCGAAAGUUAGAGGCAGAAGAGGAGGAUGGCGGGGACAAGGGAGAUGGGUCAGUAGGACUGGAAGACAGUGCUUCGGUCACUCCCAAUCAGCCCAUUCUUGUGAAAGUUAAGAAGCCCAGGGAUACCACCCCCACACCGAGGGAAGACAUGACCUACGAUUCGCUUCUUCCCUCUCAGACACUAGACUUUGUAGAAGCUUUGGCUCUCACACCCACAAAUGGCUCUGAACUCGAGGUCCCCAGUAAGGGGGAUGGUGACUUGACCAGCCACCCGUCAACUGUCUCUUGGAGAUUUGCCACAGACAGGUUUCCCACGGCCACCCGACCCUCCGCAUUCACCAGCUCUACCCAGGACACAGCGACAGCCAUCCAGCAGCUGCCGAACCACAUUCUCUCCACUGUGAUAGCGGCCACCCCGGCCCCACUGGGCACCACUGCUCCUGAGCGCCAGGAUAGUUUCCCAUACCUGUUGUCUGAGGACUUCUUGGAACAGGAAGGUCCGGGGCCACGUGCAAGCGAGGAGCUUCUCCCAACCCUGGAGCCGUGUGUCGGGGACGGGUGUCCCAGCCUUAGCAGAGGUCCCAUCAUUGCCACCAUCAUCACCGUCCUGUGCCUGCUGCUGCUCCUGGCAGGUGUGGGGACCGUGUGGGGCUACCGCAGAUGCCAGCACAAGAGCUCCGUGUACAAGCUGAACGUCGGCCAGAGGCACGCUCGGCACUACCACCAGCAGAUAGAGAUGGAGAAGGUCUAG